GAAACAAAGGCCGCCUGAAGACUGGUAAGGCCAGCCACACGCGACGCUAUCACGUGCACUUCAUCCACACACAGAUACAGCUGCCCUUGCUAUGGCUGGUUGGUUGUGGUCGUUGACGCUGUAGCAAUUGUUAUUGUGAUGCCUAUGUGCAUUCUAUCUUUAUGACAUAUUACUUAUCCGUUCGGCUGACUGCUGGCCUGGUUGGAUGUCACGCCGUCCAUUUGGUAUUGUGUUUGUGAGUGCGUGCAUCUACGUGUAUGCGAAAAUGUUCAUCCCUUCGUAAACAUGUCCUAUUGCAGGUCACCCACCGCGUCCAAACACUGCUUGUCGGAUGGUACUCAAAUUGUAAUGGCUAACAUAGAAGCAGCAGCGUCAGCGCCACCACUAAGCCACUGAUAUUUUCUAAGACCGGCCGCAAUGUCGAUAAUAUCAUAAUAAUAAUAGCUUUGUAAUCAUGGCAGCAAUGUCGGUAUACUAAUAGAGCAGAUAAGGCGACGGAUAGAGCUAUGGACUGAGACUGAUCGCGCAGGCCAACAUUAUCCGCUCUGAUGCCGCGCGCCGUAUCGUGCCAUCUGCUUUGAAUAUGUUCGUUUGGUGAAGAAAGGAACGCACGAACGAACCAGUUAAGUAGAUGGACUUCACCCGGCCACGUCUGUCGAUGGUCUCGUCAAAUUGGCCGCCGGUGUGGCCGUCGUAUUGUCGCUUUCGCUUCGCUACUGCAUUCUGCACCGCUUCGCUAAUUCUUCCAGCCAGAUCUUCUACAGCAAGGCGCUCGUGACCCGUUAGCGACAACGAUAAAUCGUCAUCCAUCACAAAAGUGAGAAGAGCGGACACGACCUCUUAUUUUGGACAAAAAUGCGCACUGGCUCCAAGACAAAUACGAAGGCGCUAGUUAGUAGAAGGUGGUAAAUAUCGAUGCAAAGGAACUGAUUUGAAAACACAUUUGAAAGGCCUAUGCCAACCUUAUAGUUUUGCCGCGCAAUGUGAAGCCAGUGUUUGAGGCGUGAGGAGAAACAACAGCAAUGCGUGGAUCGUUUUCCAAAACCAAAUUACUAUCUGCAUGAUUCUGGAGUAAAUCAUUACUAAUGUGUCUCAGGAUAUACUACAUCAAUGGAGUUUGUCGUCUGAGCAUUGGCGAUGCGGGUAUCAUCCCUAAGGUUGGUGUCGCUGUCAGCGCUGUUGAUGCAGCUGCAACACAAGCGAUCUCUCUCGUUGUGGUUGCCGAUUCAUAGAACUUGGUCCGAUCGUCGUGUCAGUGGCGAACCGAGGUCGCCAAUAUUCGAAAAUGGAUGUAACGUAAAAGUUCGCUACAGCCGUCUGCGGCGUGCUGUGCUGUGCAGCUGUGGACGAGUGGCGACCGGUGCUAGAUGGUGUUGCUGAAUUUUGAAGAUUUCUAACAAGACGGCUUCUGUUGCCGCCGCCAGGCGUCGCGUCAAGUAAUCGAUAAGUUCGAUGAAAUAUCGCGAUGGCGGCAGAAACCGACGGUACAUGGCAGUCUGAAUGCAUAUUGCUGCGCCCAGGUGCCAGUGGCCAUUUUGGAACUGUUGCCUUGGUCCGUCGAGGAGAACAACGUAUGGUGCGUCACGUUCUGCAUCGCGCGACCAGCGUUGAAGAUCGGUGGCAGCGACUACGCGCACUUCAAUUUCCGUCACACGUCAACCUUGAGAAGGUUGUGCGAGUAUUCGUUUCGCCCCAAGAGAUCGCCAUUUACACGGAACAUUCCGGUGAUUUGACUUUGUUCGACUUUAUCCGUGGCUAUUUCGAGCCGAUGGUCCCCGAACCGCAGGUGCUGAGAUGGAUGUGCCACAUCCUAGAUGGACUACAAUUUCUCCACGUAUACGGACUACAGCAUGGUAAUCUUUCAGCAAGAAACAUCUUGUUAAUUCCCGGUCAUUCAAAGCUUCUUCGUCUAACCAACUGGACCAUGUCUAUGUUCGCACAACGAUCGGAUUCACGCAGCGACCUUGAAUCCCUUGGCUCAAUUUUACUCGUCCUUAUAACGCUCAAUUCGGCUUUAGAUGGUCGCAGUCUCCCGCAGGACACCGUGACGUCAUUAUUAAGGAGUGGUCAGGCGUAUUUUUCCGACUUCUUACUAAACAUUACGCAUGACCUCGUCACGAACUCGAUGGAAAGUGUCUCGUACUUACGAGGUCUGAUGGCUGCACCGGAUGAUUUGUUAUACGGAAGUCAGCCAGACAUGCCCUCAUUAGAAGGCGAUCAACAUAUUUCGCAGGUGGAUGCUUCACCGGUUCAUCGACGAGAGCGGGCUCGUAUCUUGCAUCAGCUUGCCCUAGAAGCGGCUCGAGCGUCUCAUGGAGCAGUACCAAAACAUCCUAGUAUGAUUGUCACCUUUUUCAAUCUGUUCAAAAUUUCUAUAAAGAGUUGGAAACGUGUGCUCAAACGCUUUCCUUUCGUUUCAAAUAGCUUCAACGGUAAUUUUGGAAAAAGCGAAUGGUAUGCGGGUGAUGGUGUGGGAAAUUCGGGUGCUUUAUUUGGCAGAAAGUUAGCCCGAAGCGCGUCCUGUCCAGGACUAUUUUUUCGAAAAGCAAAUAUCUUUCAAGUCAAUAUUACUGAAAAGGUCACAGGUUAAAAGAGCUACUGUACCUGAAUGGUGAAAGGUAGAACCAUUGCCAUAGCAAAAGCCGAAUAUAUAGCGCUUUCUUCUAGACCUGAACAAAAUCAUGUAUAGGUUCAGUUUUUGCAGUGCUUUAAUUAGUGUUUUAUGUUUUGAUACGGUGAGUUAUAUUUGUAUAAGUUUAUCAAAAGGAAAAUAGUUUUUGUUAAAACUGCUAGUUCUUUGUGGAUCCAGAUCUGAAAGAAAAAAACUAACGUUGAAGCCAAUACUAAUAUUUCAAGUGUAUAAAGCUUUAGACCCAAAAACUCUACUCACUACUGUUUUGUGUCGCGUAAAGUAGUCUUUUGUUUUCCUUUAAGACGAUAUUUUUGUCUAUUUUACUUUCGAAAUACGUAAUUUGUCUUCUCUGCAAAGCACAGAAUAAAGGAACUUGCUGCUUGUCACAACGGUUUUUUAAUAUCCAAUGUGAUUUAUGUUAUAUGUAUAGUUUAUACAUAAGUACGAGUAUAUAAUAUUUAUUUCCACCAUGCGCUGACGUUAAUACACAUCUCAUGCAAUGACUUUUAGCCCUAUUACAUUUAUGACUUCACGCUCACCGUUAUUGUGGUAGCAUAAAGAUGUAAUAUUCACGUUAAUUAACAUCAUGCCUGUUAAUUCGUCCUCAAAUGGGUACUUCUAUUAUUGUAGUCGGUUUGUGAAGAUAGCAGAAAUGGUCUAGAUUCUUUACAACGAGGUGUUUGAAUAUUUGAAUUUCUUAUUUAAAAGUAUCUGAUGAUUACGUGUCCUUUUGUCUCAUUAGAACAGUGCACAUAUCCUUGUCGUAACGUUCGUAUCCUUCAGAAUUUAUACCUGCAUAUAGAAACGUGCAUUCACUUGUUUGUGAAAACCGCUAUGCCAAUGAUAUUAGGUACUAGACAGGAUACUGAUAUCAACCGUUAUUUAGACAACAUAACAGUAUAUCGUGAAAACUAAGCGGAAAGUGGCUUUUUCGUAACUGCGUAAAUUGUGAAAAGACUGCUUGGAAAAUAACAAUGCUGCUCCAUGAGUACAUGAUGUCAAAAUGAAUUAACUACUUGAGAUGCUGUAAAAUCUUUGAUGAGUGGUGUCGUUCGCGUUACCAAUUUAUAUAUAGCUGGUGCUACACGCUUGGACUAUAUAACGCAGGAUAAGUCACGAUCAGUUUAAGUGCUCAUUUUAUGUGGAUCUGUCCUUGAAACACCCGGGCGAAACCUAUGCAGACGCCGAAUAUUUAAAACCAUGCGAAAAUGUGUGGUCAGUUAUUAAACUUCACUUUUACAUGACAGUUUUUUCUACUUAAAAUUCCUUUAUUAAACUGAAGAAUAAUAUGAAUAUUUCUUACAUUCGCGUUUAGAUAUUUAAAUCUAACUAGCGGUUACGUACGUAGUUUACUAAUGCGGUACGUUCGCUCAGAUGUUCCUCAUGAUCUGAUAGGCAGUCAACAACGGAUAAACUGUACCGACGAAUGGCGAUGUGAAAAUGCAAACGUGUAGAAAUUAGCUAUGCUUAUUGAACGAAACACAUUAGCUUGAAUUUUUUAUCAACUAAAUAAAAGAAAUAGCUGUACAAGCUAAAUUUGUGUGAAGUUUUAAGAAUGCAAUGAUUUCUUGAGUAUAAUUAAACGGUACCCAAAGUAUGUUUGGCAGUUUAUCUAUGAAUCAAUCUGUAAACGUGUUGCUAUAGAGAGGACUUAUUUAAAUUCAUUCUGCGGGUAUGAGUCGUAUACACUCAGAUCAACGUAAAACUUUCAAAUAGGUUUUACACUAAUCCUAGUUUUUGGUUCUUUUAUUUUACUAAACGUUUUUUUAUACUAAAUGUUACUGAUGAAGUAGCGAAUGUAGCUUGCUCAGUUUGUUAAUUACAGCGGAAUUCUCCACUUUUUAAGCUAUACUACCACUGUCUUAUCUUACUCAAAUAGUAAAAAAUGUGAGCAGUAGAUCUAGGUAUAUAUAUGUGAGUUGUUGUGAUUACCCGUACGGUUAGCUUCAAAACAAAGCAUUACUGUGGAUAUCAGAAGCGUAACGUGACGCUGUUCUUACGAACAUCUUGUCACUAUAUAUAUGUAAAUAUACAUACGUGUAUCAGUAGUUUACCUAAAUGUCCGAGUUUAGUGGCUCUUUCAUGUAUUUUCGAUGCCUUCAUGGGACGAUGGAUACAGGAUACAGGAUACACAAAGUACACGAUUUUGCAUACUGAGGUUUAAUUGCCAUGAUAUCAUGAUAAAAAAAUCUUUAUUUGCUUCAUAAGGUACACCGAAAGAAUCUCAGAACAGUAGAAUUUUUACGAACUUAACAUGCACUUUAAUUUAUGAAGUCUUUGUUAAAUUCUGAAUUCAUUACUGCGUAAUAUACCUCAAAGAAAUAUUGUGAUUAAUUAUUUGUGAAUAGGCUUUUAAGCAAUGAUGUCUGAUGAGGCAUAAUUUCUCAUUGGAGUCGCUUCGGUGCAACUAUAUUUGUCAAAGAGCAUUCUGAGAAGA